GAAUCCAUAACUACUACUGUCAAGGUAAAUGGUAUGUCGCUCUCUGGCAUGGUGUGUAUUUUAAUAACGCUGCGUAUGAUAUAGGUAUCAAAGCUAAAGUUCAAGAUGUAUAUCAACAAGCAAAAAGGAACACAAGAAAUUGUUAAAAGACUCCUUGACAACAGCAAAAAGUAUGGCACAUCAAGCACACAAACAUGUCCUCUACCCCCUGCUGACUUCCCUUCCUCCUCUCAACGGAAGCGGAUCAUUUUUGAGAGGGAAACAAGCUUCGCCUACAAGACAUAUUACCGAAGGGAUCAAACGAAAACGCAAACAAUCUAACGGGAGACCGAAUUUGUUUAUGUUGACGAGUACUUAACGAGUCAGAU